AUUGACCCCAAUGAGUUUCUUGAAUGAUAUAUCAUCAUUCUCAAAGGUAGCUUUGAAGAGUGUAGAAACCUGUGUGAGACGAGAAGACGGGAGCCGUGUCUUGGAGGCACGUGAUGCAUCAGGAAAAUUUUCCAUUUUAAGAGAUAAGAAACCAAACGAUAGCAGUGGAUCAGACAUGGAGUAUGGCUUUGUUCCAGACUAUGAACCAGACUUGCAGAUUGUUCAAGUCAGACCUUAUCUGUAUAUGUCAUCAUGUGAUGUAGCAUAUAAUCUUGAUAUCUUGAAGCUCCACAACAUCACUCAUAUCCUCAACGUUGCUAAUCUUAAUAACGUUUAUCCAAAUCAAUUUUCGUAUAAGAAUCUACCAAUCUGGGAUCUUCCUGAAGUUAAAAUUACCAAAUUUUUCAAGUAUGCAUUUGAUUUCAUCAACCAAGCUAGAAAUAGCGGGGGCCGUGUUUUAGUCCACUGCAAUGCAGGCAAAUCUCGUUCAACGACGAUUGUGGUAGGUUACAUCCUGGCAGAUGAGCACAUCCGCAUCAGUAAAACCCUUGAAGAGAUUCGCGUUCACCGUCCUUUCGUCAAACCAAAUGAUGGCUUCAUGCAACAGCUGGAAGAAUACGAGACGUCUAUUCUUGCCGAGGGUGGGGCUACUGGGGCACCAACAUAACGUUAAUGAUUAGCUGCUGGGGUAGUGUGCUUCCCAGCAGAUAAUGGUUUUAGGUCUUGGUGUGUGUUGUGUGUAUGGGUUGAUCAGAGCCUGCUAUUUAUUAGAGAUGGACAAUGUAUUGCCUUGAAAUGAGAUUUAUAGAAUCAUUUAAUACCAGAUGUACAUGUAUGGGUGAUCAUUUGGUCUUGUACAGGAAGCAAAGAACUGAAUGUAAAUGAGGUUUAUGGUACACUUUGAGUUUAGCAAUGAAUAGGAACAAGGAAUCAAAAAGUAGUUUCCUAGGGUCAACACUGAAAAUGGAUUGAAUGAGGUAGAUGUUAUGUGAAUUAGUUAUCAAGUAUCUUCUUUCUUGAAACACUGUGAAAAACACUUCUUUCUGAGAUUAUACAUGAAUCAUGCUAAACCUAACAAUGAAAUUAUUAGGUAGCAUUGAUACAUUUUACACGUUUCUCUAUCUUUUAAAGAUAAAUCCUGAGCAGUAAUGUCAAAGUACAAAUCACAUAUUUGAAGUAUCAUCUUUCAUGUACCGUAAUAAAACUCAUCGUGUUUCCAUAAUAGGAUGUUUGCUGUGCACAUCAUUUCAUAUUGAACAAACACUUAUUCAAAGAUUGAUAAUGAAUGCCAAUCAUAUUGAGAUAUUUCAACCUUUGAUCACUCAUGAAAAAGCGUCUGUUUGGAAAAGGUGUUUUGAUAAAACAUGCUUCCAGGGCAAUGAACUUGAAAGAUAAAUGUAUACCAUCUAUCACAACUCAAAUAAAAUCAAAUAUUAGUACCGAAUGCAUGCUUUUAAUUGCUCAUAAAUCAUGUUGCUUUUGGUUGCAAUAAAGACGACAAUUUGCUAUGGGCCGUCAUAUUUCUUUAGCCAGCAUAGGCCAACAUACGUAUGACAAGCUGUUGAUAUGCCAACAUACGUAUGACAAGCUGUUUAUAUGCCAACAUACAUAUGACAAGCUGUUUGUAUUCCAUCAUACAUAUGACAAGCUGUUUUAUCGUGAUGUCAAGAAUUCCACUCUACAUCAAGAGAGGUUCUUUUAUUGCUUCAACAAUUGCUGAUUCUUGAUGUUAAGAUUUGAAUUAUUGAUUUUAAUAUUUCCUUACUUGUUAUAUGAAAUUUUUGAAAAUUUUAUGAAAUGAAAUUAUUGAGGAACUGUUAAUUUUCUUGGUACCAUGAACUGUAUUCUUAAUAAAAAGAAAUAAGAUUACAGUCAAUGGCCUGUCAUAUGCAUACUACAUAUACUCUAGCUAAAUCAUACAGGUAUGACAGCUUUUUCCUCUUUCUCUUUUCAAAUAAGGCCAUAUUUACCCGGACUAUUGUGUAUUCAACCAUUCUCAAUGAAUAGCAGGCUCUAUGAAGUAGAUAAGCUAAGAGUAAUAUAUAUAUCUUGAUCAUUUUACCUUGCAUGCUCUUCCUUUCAAUCAGGUUUAUGUUUGUGAUUUCAUGUUUGUUACAUUGUGUGUUAACAUGCCCCACCCCACAUUUAUCAUGAGAGACCGACCUACUCUCCCCUACAUGUAAAGUAUGCACCAUGAGGGAGAAUUAAAUAUUCAGUUUCUCAAUGAAUUCCAAGCAGAGAAAAGGAAUAAGGAUAAGUCAACAACAUUACUUACAUAGCACCCUGCAUUAAUCCAGUUUUCUCUUUCUAAGUGAUUCAAAACCUCAGUUGAACACUAGUUUUCUUGAGAUCGUUUCAUCAAAAUGUUUGUCAGAUCUGACAACUUUCCUUUAUUUUGAUUGGCUUGAGGAACUUAUUUUGUAACUAUCAUAUAAAUCAUACUUUGUCAGAUGAAACAAGAGCUUCCAUGAACCUGUUUCUGCUAGUUCUACUCAUUUAAUCCUAAUUUUCCCAUGCGCUUGGGAUUCAUUGUUAAAUAUUUUUCUGGGUGUUUGUUUUUUUCAAUUCUGAUCCACAGUGUGUGCUAUGUAAGUUGUUGACCUAUAAUGUAAAGUAGGCUUCUCAUGAUACAAAGCAUUGGUGGCACAGGUACAGUAAGUAGCUUCAUCAUUGUGUAUCUUCUAUGUCUCCUAGCAAUGGGUGCAGGGGGCAUUACUUUAUUAUUUUUUUCUUGCCAUCAAAAUAAAUCAACAAGGAUACAACGCUGUUUUUUUCCCCAAUACUUCAUAUAUUGAAUCAUGUUCCUUAAUGUUGGCCAUGUACUGGAAGAGUGAUUGCAUGAAUAGUGUGUGUGUCUAGUGAAAUUAUGCUGAUUUCACAAGAAGCUCUUCAUUUCACACUUGUGUAUACUUCAUGACCUUGUCAGAUAAGUUUGUUUUAAUUUUAUUAUUCAGUCCAUCAUUCAGUUUUCCAAUGGCUGUGCAUGACACUUUUAUCAAAACUUUGCUAUCUUUGUUAAAUUUCUCAUUUAUUUCAAGUAGAAGACCAUCUUGAUUUUGAAUUGAUUUAAAUGAAGGCAGAUACGUUAUGUAAAAAUAUUUUAAUAAUAAUAUGAAAAUAUUGACAACCCAUCAAAUUUUAUCACUAAUCAUUAAAUGGUAGAGUAAUGAAGUUUGUUCUUUAAAAAAUGUGAGCAGCCUUCGACCCCAGUGACCCCACUCCCACCCAUGGUAUAUCAUGAAAUGUAAACUCCAAAAAGUACCCCCCUAUUAUGUUAUUUCAUAGUGUGUAGGAAAUAAUAUAUUUGAUCAAGAAAACAUUAUGAAGCUUUUUAAACUUUUUAAGAAAAUCACAUUUUUUUUUAUUUACAUGGCAUACAUGUAUGGUGUAGCUACUCAGGCAUGGCAAAUUUCACACUGUUAUUUAUUGAUUGAUAAAGUUUCUCCCAGUUUUCUUUUUUACUACACCCGGGUGAACCUUUAUAUGUAAACCAGCAACAUUAAUCCUUUUACAAAGCUUGAUUUCAUUGCUAUGAAAAUUUAAAGAAGUCAAUUUUUAAAUGAUGUCUCUGAUAUUUUGAGAGAAUUCAAUAGAGCAUUUAACAUACAUUUUUUUUCUAGACACUGUUGCAUGUAAAAAUUUGAUCAAGAUUUAUGAGACACGGACAUUCAAACAAACUAAAAUAAAGUGCAAUAUAAUAAGAACCAUAAUCUUUUAUGGUUUCACUAACAUGAAUUCAUUUGGACUUCCUGCAUUUCUGGUACUAAGAUGAGCAAUGUGUGAGAUUUUAGUCUCUGAAAUAACACCUGGGCCCCAUUCAAUGAGUAUAUUGGAUAAUGAAAGAAGUUUACACUUCACAAUUUGAAUUUGUCAAGCUUAUUAUCACCCUCUGUUUGUAUUUCUGUUGUAAGGUUAAACAAAUAAGUGUUUUUGUUAAAUUUAGAACAUGUUUGUAAAAUUCAAUUUUGGAGGCAAAGUGACAAUAUCAGGCAAAUGGUAAAUUACGUAUACAGAUGUAUUCUGAAUCUAAAGUAUUUGAAUCUCAAAGAAAUCUAACCACUCCAUCAUUGCCUAUUAUUAAGAUUUCAAGUAUUGAUACGAUUCUCAUUUCUCUUUCAAUGCUCAAUGGGGCAUUCCACACAAAAGAGUUUCAAUGGAAGGUAAUGGAAUUUUAUGGUGUCUGUUUUUAAGGUUUUAAAACUACUAAGUGUUCAGGGCAGAGAUGUGAAUCAAAGUGCUUGAUUUAGGAUCUAGCAAGUUUUGUUUCAGUUAUUGUAAAAUAUGCAAAGAAAGCCAACCUAAGCCCAAACCAACAUACAUGUAUAAACCAUAAUCUGAAUCCUUACAUUUUCCUGAUCCUAUCACAGCCCUGCUGUUAAUAUUAUGUCUUCAGAGGAAUCGAGGCAGGUGUCGUCACAGAAUCAAAUGUUUGGUCACUCUCAAUUAAUUUCAAUUAUUUCCUCCUGUUUUUUUUAAAUAGUAAUGCUCUUGAAUUUGACACUGAUGGUUUUGUCAGGGAUUUGGAAUUGGCUUUUUUUUUUCAAUAUAUAUUUCAGCUUUUUUAAUAGCUUUUCCCUAUAUUUCUUCUGUUAAAAAGUAUACAACCUUAUUCAAUUUCAAUCUUUUUUUCAGCUCUUUAUUUCAUGAUCAGACACAGCCCUUUAUUUAGAUGAAGAUGUGCAUUUAUUUUGAUGAUCAUGUCUGUGGAGAUAAUGUACCGGUAGCCGUUAUCGAUAUGUUUUUCGUUUAAAUUUGAACUUUCAAAAGCACGAGAUAAGAAUACUGUUUAGCCAAUCAGCAAUCAUGGAUGUAUUUCAGAGAUCCAUUCUAUUUCAAUCCCCACAUACUUUCAUGUGAAUACAUCAUGCUGCUUAUGAUUUAUUUAAUUAAUGUAAAUAUGUAAUACAUCGACUUCAUAUGUAUAUGUACUUAUGUAUCAGAUCAUGCUGCAUAUCAUGUAUGAUUAAACCUGCUUCUGUAAUGAAUUCAUUUUGUACAAUCUCAACCCUUAAAGGAGUAAUCUACAUCAAUUAUAGAAAGAGUAGGUCCAUGGUAGGAGGCACUCUAUUAAUAUUUAAGAAAACUCUUGCAGAACUCCUUUUAUAAUGUUCCAUGUGUUUCUUGGGUCGCAUUAACCUUGUACAUGUAUCUCAGAAUCAAGAGUUAAAUGGAAUAAUACUGUAUCUUAUCUUCAUCAGCUGGUGGAUGAUAGAAUGAAUUGACACAGCCUGGUCAGAAUCAGUUGAUAAAUCAUCUAUCAAUUAUGUCAUCCACAGUAUGAGAUACAUCGCCCCCAGUAAAGCACUGUAGAAUUUUUUUUUUUUUUUGACAAUCCAAUCUUUGUACAGCCCAAUGUAGAGGUCUAUUGUGUUGUCAUUUUGUCCGUAUUUUAAAUCGAUUAAAAAAUGAAUAACUAGCAUUGCAAAUACAUAGGAGCAAGUUGGAUUUUUUUAAUUGAUAUGUAUUAUUUUGAAUUGACCUCUUUUAGUUGCACUUCAUCAGUGCAACACUAUUCUAUUUUCAUUAUUGAUUUGUUUGAAAGGAUUUUACAAUAAAUUGCUCUUAAUAACAAAACAAAAAAAGAGAGAAAGAAAUGUAAAUUCAUUUGAAUUGUCUUUAAUAUUGACAUGUAUAUGAUGUAAUGUGAGAUUGAUAAGAUUGCCUUUUUACCCCUUCAUAUAACAGUGUUUAAAGGUCCCACCUUGCCCAAUCCAAAUGAUUCCACUAAAGAGUGUGUUUGACACCUGCAAAAUUAAUUUGAUUAGUUGAUUAAUUAGUUGAAAUAUGAGUGUCAUCUUCUUACUCCAGUGUUCAGGCCAAGACACCACUGAACAAGAUCUCAAUUUUGACUAGUUAAUCUCAAAGCUUUACUUUCAUCUGUCAACUGUGGUCGCAAGACAGUGUCUCAGUCUUGGUCAGUAGGUAAUGUAGAGGAUCCAAGAACACAGUAAAUGUAUUUAAAAUGACUGUCAAAUGACAAAGAACAGAUGGGAGGUCUUUUGUUGAAAAUAGGU